UCCCGGUUGGCAUACAUAACCUCGAAAGUGCAUGUGGGGUUUGUUGUGGUUUUUCAGGAGUGCGACAAAUCAUGGGAAAAGACCAGGAAUCUGAGGCUGGAGCCUCUCAGCAGAGUGAAAUAUGGCAGGAUCCGAGGUUUAGUCACUUGGUGAAUGAUCCGCGCUUCCGGAACAUCUCCGAAUCGCGGCGAAAAGUGAAGAUUGAUGAUCGCUUCAAGUCUAUGUUCAAGGAUCCUCGUUUUUCCCUCAAGUACUCAGUGGAUAAGUACGGGAGACGCGUAGAGAAGGAUCAAAGUGACCAGCUGAAGAAGUACUACGCAUUGAGCGAGGAGGAGGAGGAAAAUGAGGAGUCUGAGGAGGAGAAUGACGAGCUGGAGACUGGCAUUCCGCUCGGCAAGAAGAUCAAGAAGAGACUCAAGGACAUGGACAUUGAUUACGCCCGUGGCGAAGCGAAGAUUCUCACAGACAGCUCGUCGGACGAUGAGAGCUCAUCCGGAGAGGAGGAAGAUGAGGUUGUCUUUGAUCAUGUUUGGGGUGAACUGGACAAUGACGCUCCCCGGACGGAUGAAUCCACCAAACGACUGGCCGCCUGCAAUAUGGAUUGGGAUAAGAUGAGAGCGGUGGACAUUUUGGUGCUGUGCAGUUCCUUUCUUCCUGAUGAGGGGAAGAUCGUGAGGGUUUCUGUCUAUCCUUCUGAGUUUGGCAGGGAGAGGAUGAAGGAAGAGGACCUGAAGGGUCCUGCAGAGCUGCUCUCGCUGGGAAUGGAAGCAGACGAGGAUGGCACAGAGGCCAGGUCAUCUAAGGACGAUGAUCAGGAGGGAGAUGAAUAUCACAUGGAGAAGCUGAGAGAGUAUCAGCUCAACAGACUCAAGUAUUUCUAUGCGGUGAUUGAGUGCGACAGCGUCCGGACAGCGGAUUUCCUGUAUGCCGAGUGUGAUGGGCUGGAAUACGAGAGUUCAGCCACGAAAAUGGACCUCCGAUUCAUUCCGGACGACAUGGAGUUCGAAGAGGAAGCGCACGAUGUCUGCGAAAAGCUACCCAAUUUCAAAGAGUAUCGCCCGAGGCACUUCCAGACAUCCGCUCUGCACAAUGCAAAGGUCAGGCUGACUUGGGACGACACGUGUGAGGACAGGAAGGAGUUCAAUCAAAAAGUGGCUCAAGGGAAGAUCACUGAGGUUUCGCAGGACGACUUGAAGCGCUUCAUCGCGUACAGCAGCGAAGAAGAGGAGGAAGAAGCAACUGAAGAUGGAAAAGAAGCAUCUGGGAGUGAAGAUUCUGACGAGGAGAACAAGAAGACUUCGAUAGACAAGUACAAGAGUCUUUUGAGUGAGAUUAAUGAGCAGGAGAAGCGGAAGAAGAGCGACAAGAUUGAACGAGAGUUCUCCUGGGGAAUUAUGGUGGGAAAGGAUGAUGAAGACAAGUCCGAGGAUGAUGAGAAGACAUCGUCUUUGACACCCUUCGAGCGUCUCGUGGAGAAAAAACAGCAGAAGCAGAAGAAACGGAAGGAGGAUCUGAAGAAGAAGCAGGAGGAUUCUGAGGAAGAGAGUGAGGAUGAUAUUCCUGAUGGAAUCGACAUGAACGAUCCGUACUUUGCUGAAGAAUUCGCCGGGGGCAAUUUUGCUCCUCUGAAGGAUCCUAAGAAAGCGCAGAAGAAGAGAAAAGAACGCGAAGCUGAAGAGAGAGAAGCCCAGGAAGAGGAGGAGAAGCAGAAUGCUGAACUGGCUCUUCUGCUGGACGAUCAAGAUGAUGGCAAGGCUCACUUCAGCCUCAAGAAGAUCCAAUCGGCUGAGGCGGAGUCCAAGAAGCGCAAGAGGAAGAAGCUGCUGAGAAAGUCCAAGGCGCAAAUCGCAGAGGCGAAGGCAAACAAGGUCGCUGAAGAUGACUUCCGUAUCGAUUUUAAGGAUGAGCGCUUCGCGGCUCUGUUCACAACUCCGGAGUUCAACAUUGAUCCAACGCAUCCGAGCUUCAAGAAGACGCGCGCCAUGGAGGAAUUGAUCGGGGAGAAGCUGAAGAGGAAGCAGGAAGAGCCAAUCGUCGAGUGCGAUGGCAAGAAGGCCAAGAAGGAUGCCGAAGUGUCGGUUCUGGUGAAGAGUAUCAAGAGAAAGGUGAAGAACAAGAACUGAAGGGGGAAAAGAUGUUGCAAGAAAUAAACUGUUAAUUUCCUACACUCUGACUUUCACUUCCAAUCAUUGGAUUUUUAUGCAUUCUGUGUAUUUUUGUCUCAUAAUCAUUAUUAUAUAGGAGAUAUUUACAGACCAUUUUCACGUGUUUGUGUUCAUGUGUUCCAUUUAGAAUAGUUUUUCUUUCUCUCCACCAAAAAGUCUCGUCCUGACAGAACGAACGCGGUCUCUCGUGAACAAAGAAGUAAAUGAAAGCUCAAACCUACGUCA